UGGUAGUUGUUGAUAGUUGUGCUACUCUAUUUUGUUAAGAAAAUAGUCAAUGUUUUGACCGGUUGUUUUUGCAGUUUUAUGUGUGCAGAUUUGUUAUCGUGCCAAAUCCGAUGUAGAUUAAGGAGUGGUUCUAUCAAUGUUAUCAAUGCUGAGGAUGGAACUCGAUGUGACUUGCGCUCAUCAAAUCGAUGUCUUAAUAGGGCUUGUGUGAUGGUUGGAUGUGAUUGUGUGUAUGGGUCUACAAAUAUUCCAUCAGCUUGUGGUCUUUGCAGCAACCAAGCAGCUAAGUGCAUUGAAAUUUUUGCUAAAUACAGAAUACAGCACCAAAUUGCGAGAGAUUAUCAUAUUUUAGAUGUACCAAAGGGUGCUUAUCAAGUGCGAAUUGACAUAAAAACAGGAAGUGAUGUUAGAGCAGAGCUAAUUGUUACGAGUACUGGGUGGGGAAGAGUUAGUUCUAGUAGUGGAACUCGAUUUGCUUUUGGUGGAGAAGUGAGCUAUACUCGCAAUCAUACUGCUCAUGAGGAAUCAAUGGAGUUCUAUGGACCUGUUGAGGGAGAGUUGGCAAUAUUUAUGGAUUUGCUAAAAGCAGCUGCAGGUCAGUCUCCUGCCAUAGAUGUAUCGUAUAUUAUCAGUAGCGAGUACAGACAAAAGGCUGAGCAAUAUAAUCAUCCAUAUGGUUGGAAAUUAGUCAAAGCCAGCUGCUCGGUUACAUGUGGCAGCAGAGCUGGAGUUCAAGGUUGGAAAGCGCAGUGUGCAUACAAGAGGACAGGAGCUAAGGCUUCUAUAUCUUUGUGUUUAAGUGACUACAAACCUGCCUCUCACCAAGUACCGUGCAAAGGAGUUGGCAAUUGUCCUGGUGUAGUCUGGCAAGUAGGUCCUUGGACAUUAUGCAGCCAGUCUUGUGGAAAAGGGCAGCAAACAAGGGCUGUAAGGUGUGUUUCCCAGAGAACAAAAUUGGCUACAAGAGACGACGACCUUUGUAAUUCCUCAAAGCCACCAACUGUACAGCAGUGCAUUGGAACUAGAUGUGAAGAACCUGCUACAUUGCCAUCUACCGUUGCUCCGAAGUAUAAGUGGAUAUACAAGCGUUGGAAGCGCUGUAGCACUACCUGUGGCAUUGGAUAUCAGAUGAGAGCUGUACGAUGUAUAGACACGAAAACAGGGAAGUCUAAAAAGGCAUCUCGUUGUGAUGCAAAGUUAAAGCCAACUGAUAGGCAAACUUGCACACUCAAACUCUGUGGACCUGAACCCAAUUAAUGCUUUCGUGCACCACCAAAUUUGGCAGUUGGACAGUUAGGAUUUUUCUGCUGUACAAAUGAGGUUCAUCUAAAGUUUUAGGCAAAUGCUAGAAGUCAUGUCUGUGCAGUAAAGUGAUUCUAUUGAUAUUGUUGAAGAAUGUUGGCAGUAUAUUGUUGGUCGACAUGAGUUGAGUGGGCAAGCUGUCACAGUUGUAUGCUUGUGAGAAAUGAAUAAUUGAGUGAUGUAUUCAAUGAGAG